GUCGCUGUUGUCGAUCCUUCAGAAGAAAAUGGAAGGAAUGGUUACGUUCAGGAAACCAAAAUAAGUGACAUUAAAAAGAAGUAAAUGAAAAAAAAUCAUGGUUCUAGUGUUCUAAUUCAAUAUACGAAUCUUCAGAAGUAUAUUCAAGACUUGUUGGAACUGUCGAGAGCAUGAUUGCAGAGAUUGCGCGAUUUUAAGAAAACACGUUGAGAUAUUUUUAGAAACGUGUUAUUUAUCGAAUUUUUUUGGAUUGAAAGUGCCAUUAUCCGUAAUUAUGGAAUUCAAGAUGUUAAACGAAAUUAAUCGUUUAAAAAAUCAAAUAGAACAAUAUCAACAAAAGGUGAAUUUGCUGGACACUGAGAAAAUAAGUUGUCCAAAUAAAAGUUUCAAUUUCGAAAAAUCAAAAGUUUAUCCAAAUAUAAAGAAUCCAGUUAAUAAUUCUGUUUCAAAUACUAAAAUAUUACCCCAUAAAUCAACUAACAAUGUGUAUGUAAAAUCUCAAUUAUGUACCACAAAUGUUCAUGUUAAUCCAAAUUUUAAACCACAAAAUGCAACAGUGCAUAUCAAUCCAAAUAUUCAUACUAAGUCUUUGAUACAUAUUAACCCAAAAAUAAUGAAUAAUAUUGCUAAUUCAAAUCAAAAUUUGCAAAAUAAUACAAGCAUGACAAAUCUGAGUACAACAAAAACACUCAUAGAUAAUAAUACUAUCCAUAAAAAUGUCAAACGAUCUAUAUAUGUUAAUCCAACAUUAAUGAAAAAGUUAUCCUCUUCUUCUGAAGGAAAGUUAAUAAGUAAUAAAGAAUCGAUCAUAAAGGAGCAAUCUAUUUGUUCAAGAUUAAAGUGUGCCAAAAGUAUCGAUUAUCGAAAGAAAACUAAUAAUUCCAGCAUUGUGCUUUUAUCACAAAGAAAACUUGUGAGAAUAACUCGUACUAUAAAAAACACAUCAAAAAUUUCUCCAUUAUCGCAAUAUAGAUUAUCAAAAUCUGCAGAAUUAAUACAGAAAAGAUCUAAAACAAUAUCACCGAAGACCGUAAAAGUUAAACCAUUAUUAAAUAAUACAUUACAAUCUGUAAACACAAACUCUAAUUUAUUAAAAUUGAAUAUUAAUAAAUCUCCUAAUAAAUCUAAAGUGACCAAAUAUAAAAUAGACAGAACCACUUUAUAUGUACCAAAAAGUAAAAGAGUAGAUCGUUCACAAACGAAAAUUAUAAACAACAUAGCACAAUUUGUUACUAUUGGUGGAAUUGUUUACAAAGCUUCUAAAAAUAAAUUAAUACGGAGGAGCUCUUCAUUGAAACGAAAACGAUUAAUUGGUGGAAAGAAUGAUAAACUUAAUGUUGCUGUCAAUGAAAAAAAACAACGAAACAAUAAAGAAACUUUAAAUCGCAAAUUAGAGACAAAUAUCACUAAUAAAACAAGAUUUAUUUCCAACAUAUCGCCGAAAGCUACUUACAAAAACAGCAUUAGUAACAAAGCAAAACAAAGAAGCAUACGAAUUUUGCGAAAUAAAAUGCAUAAAAAUAAUCAGCCAUGCUUGAUAUUUCAACGAUUUGGAUCUUGUCCAAAUAUUAAAAAUGGGGUAUGUCCCAAACGACAUGACAAAAAGCAAGUGUCGCUUUGCAAAAGAUUUCUUCAAGGAAAGUGUUUCUUAGACAAAUGUCUUUUAUCACAUGAUGUUGGUCCUGAGAAGAUGCCUACAUGCAAGUACUUCCUCGAUGGCUGUUGCACAAGAGAUGCUUGUCCUUAUCUUCACGUCAAAGUCUCUUCAAAUACUUCCAUCUGUAUCGAUUUUCUACAAGGAUAUUGUGCUAUGGGAAAUAAGUGUCAACGGCGUCAUGAAAAUCUUUGUCCUGAAUUCCACAAAUCGGGGAUUUGCAGCAAAGGUGAGUGUUGUCCUUAUCCUCAUAAAUCGCAUUCUACUCCUGAAAAAAACGCUAAGUAUCUAAACAAAACGCGCGAUGUACAAAAACACAAAGCCACAUUCGCUACCAAGGAUGAUUCCUCAAAUCCAGAAAGCAGAUUAAGGUAUUAUGAAAUAACUGAUGAUUUAUCUGAAGAUCUUGAGAAAAAAAAGGAAACGUUAACCGUAGAUUCAACAAAGCAAAUAAAAAUUAACAAAAUAAACGAAGUGAAUAAGUCUAUGGUUAACGAAGAUACAGAAAUAACGACUUCUCAUUAUGGCAUAAAAAGAAAAAAAAUUUCCAUUAGUUAUAUCCCUAUUGAUUCCUUUUUAUAAAUUUUUAUGCAUAUGUAAUAUCAAUAAAUAUUUUUUGAAAUUUA